ACCUUUCAUUUCCUAUUCCAUCUCUUAUCAUAUAAUUUGAACUCGGAAAUCUCUUCAGACAAAGCAAAUGUACAUUGAGUUAGUUGACUGGUUGUACAAUUGAAAAGAGUUGAAUGUGAGAUUGCAAGCUUAUCAUUUGCUAUCGGCCCUUGGAGAUUCAAAUUAAAUUCCCCAUAAUCGACUGCUCAAACGCGGUGGAAAAUUAACGAUGACAACCGCCACUAAUGAAAUCACAGCUCCUCUCAUUCAGAAGAAUCGGUCAAACAAAACUCAAUCCGAUGCCUCCGGUUCUCAUCAGGUCCCAGCACCGGACUACCUCGAGAACUCGCCGAUCGAGCAAGUGGCUCUCACGGUGCCCGUCACCGACGAUCCUUCUCUUCCGACCCUUACUUUCCGCACUUGGGUUUUAGGAUCCCUAGCGUGCAUCCUUCUCUCCUUCCUCAAUCAGUUCUUUUGGUACCGCAGAGAACCCCUCACCAUCUCAUCCGUCUCCGCGCAGAUCGCGGUAGUCCCUCUCGGUCACCUCAUGGCCGCCACGAUCACGGACAGAGUCUUCUUCAAGGGCCGGAAAUGGGAAUUCACCCUCAAUCCAGGACCAUUCAAUGUCAAGGAGCACGUCCUGGUCACAAUUUUCGCCAACUCCGGCGCGGGAAAUGUCUACGCGAUUCACAUCGUCAGCGCUGUGAAGAUAUUCUACAGGAAGGAGAUGACGUUUUUGGUGGCCUUGCUUGUCGUUUUGACCACACAGGUGUUAGGGUUCGGUUGGGCCGGAAUGUUCAGACGCUACUUGGUGGAGCCUGCCUCCAUGUGGUGGCCGCAGAAUCUUGUCCAAGUUUCGCUAUUCAGGGCAUUGCAUGAGGAAGAGGAAAGGCCUAAGAGAGGGAUAACAAGAAACCAAUUUUUUCUCAUAGCAUUCGUCUGCAGCUUUGCGUAUUAUGUUUUUCCUGGCUACCUUUUCCCAAUGCUGACCUCCAUGUCCUGGAUAUGUUGGAUUUUCCCAACUUCCAUUCUAGCGCACCAGCUAGGUUCAGGGCUUCAUGGAUUGGGUAUUGGGGCCAUUGGAUUUGAUUGGUCUAGCAUCUCUGCUUACCUUGGUAGUCCGCUUGCUAGUCCCUGGUUUGCUACUGUCAACAUUGCCAUUGGUUUUACUCUUGUCACUUAUGUUAUUACCCCAAUUGCCUAUUGGCUCAAUAUUUUCAAGGCCAAGAGGUUUCCCAUUUUCUCGGAUGGUCUAUUUGCUUCUUCGGGCCAAAGGUACAAUAUCUCGGCCAUUACAGACUCAAAUUUUCACUUGGAUAUUGAGGCAUAUGAGCGCGAGGGCCCUCUUUAUCUCAGCACCUUUUUUGCCAUUGCAUAUGGUAUUUGUUUUGCUUGCCUGACUGCCACCGUUGUUCAUGUGUUCCUCUUCCAUGGGAGAGAUAUAUGGGAACUAAGCAAGUCUGCCUUCCAGGAGAAGAGGAUGGAUGUGCACACAAAGAUCAUGAGAAAAUACAAGCAAGUGCCUCAGUGGUGGUUCAUGUGCAUCCUUGUUGCAACCGUUACCGCAACCAUUAUUACCUGUGAGUAUUACAAUGAUCAACUCCAAUUGCCAUGGUGGGGCGUAUUGUUAGCUUGUGGUCUUGCCAUAUUUUUCACUCUCCCUGUUGGAGUCAUAACUGCUACAACGAACCAGACACCAGCGUUGAAUGUGAUCACAGAAUACAUAAUUGGGUAUCUUUAUCCAGGGUAUCCUGUUGCUAACAUAUGCUUUAAAGUAUAUGGAUACAUAAGUAUGAAACAGGGUAUCACCUUUUUGCAAGACUUCAAGCUCGGCCAUUACAUGAAGAUUCCUCCUAGAGCCAUGUUCAUAGCACAGGUGGUUGGUACAAUAAUAGCAGCACUGGCACAUUUAGGAACAGCAUGGUGGCUCAUGGACACAAUUCCAAACAUUUGUGAUAGAGAAUUGCUUCCCAACAGCAGCCCAUGGACUUGUCCCGGUGAUCACGUAUUCUAUGAUGCCUCUGUCAUCUGGGGUCUGAUUGGUCCUCGUAGAAUUUUUGGUGAUCUUGGCCACUACUCUGUCAUAAAUUGGUUCUUUCUAGUUGGCGCCAUAGCUCCUCUCCUAGUUUGGCUUGCACACAAGGCCUUCCCAACCAAACACUGGAUCAAACUCAUCACCAUGCCAGUGCUCUUUGGUGCAACCGUCAACAUGCCACCAGCAACUGCAGUCAACCUCACCAGUUGGGUUCUUAUUGCAUUUGCCUCAGGUUUUAUUGCUUACAGGUAUUAUCGCGGCUGGUGGAGCCGCCAUAACUAUGUCCUUUCCGGGGCACUCGAUGCUGGAUUAGCCUUCAUGGGGGUUUUCUUAUACUUGUGCUUGGAGAUGAACCAUGUCAGCCUUGAGUGGUGGGGAAGUAAUUCAGAUGGAUGUCCAUUGGCUUCUUGCCCAACGGACCCAAAUGUCAUUGGUAAUGGCUGUCCCGUUUUCUGAGUUGUUUUCUGUGGAGUGUUUUCGUUAAGCACUUGUGUCAUGGUGUAGUUCGCAGACCCGUAAAUACGUGUAUAAAUAAUUUUUUUUAAU